GCCUACAGUUUUGGGCGAACUACAAUAGCCAACUUAAAAUCUGGUAAUAACCUGCUGUGGCUGCACACUACAUUUGCCUUCUUCUAUCUGUUACUGACUGUGUACAGCAUGAGAAGACACACAUCAAAGAUGCACUACAAAGAGGACGACUUGGUGAAACGCACUUUAUUCAUUAACGAGAUCGCAAAAUAUGCAGAAGAGAGUCAAAUAAAGCAGCAUUUUGAGAAAGCAUAUGAAAACUGCAUAGUUCUGGAUGCUCGCAUUUGUUACGACGUUGCCAAGCUUAUGUCCCUGGAGUCUGAAAGGAAAAAGGCAGAACGCAGCAAAAAGUUCUACACAGACCUGAUGGCCAAGGAACACAUGCCCACUAUGAUUAACCCCAAACCCUGCGGCCACCUCUGCUGCUGCAUCAUCGCGGGCUGCGAGCAGGAAGAGGCUGUGAACUACUACACUAAGCUUGAGGCCAAACUGAAGGAAGAAUACAGAAAAGAACGAGAAAAAGUCAACACUAAACCUCUGGGAAUGGCGUUUGUUACCUUCCAGAAUGAAGCAAUGACAGCCCUCAUCCUGAAAGAUUUUAACGCGUGUCAGUGUCAUGGCUGUCACUGUCGACGAGAGCCAAAGUGCUCCCCCUUCAGCAGCCUCCUCAACACAAACAACUGGACAGUCACAUACGCUCCAGAUCCACAGAAUGUUUACUGGGAGCAUUUGUCCACUGGUGGCCUCAACUGGUGGCUCCGCUGCUUUGUCAUCAACUGCUUUCUCUUCAUCUUGCUCUUUUUCCUCACCACCCCUGCCAUCAUCAUCUCCACCAUGGACAAGUUCAACGUCACCAAACCCGUGGAGUACCUGAACAACCCCAUCAUCACUCAGUUCUUCCCCACCCUGCUGUUGUGGUGCUUCUCGGCCCUUCUCCCCACCAUCGUCUACUACUCCGCCUUCUUUGAGGCCCACUGGACACGAUCUGGAGAGAACAGAACCACCAUGCACAAAUGCUACACCUUCCUCAUCUUUAUGGUUCUGCUGCUGCCAUCUCUGGGACUGAGCAGUUUGGAUGUUUUCUUCCGCUGGCUCUUUGACAAGAAAUUCCUCGACGAGGCAAAAGUCCGAUUCGAGUGUGUCUUCCUUCCAGAUAAUGGAGCUUUCUUUGUGAACUAUGUCAUCGCGUCUGCCUUCAUUGGUAAUGCCAUGGAACUGUUACGCAUUCCUUAUUUCCUUAUGUACAUGAUCCGGCUGUGUCUGGCACGUUCAGCUGCAGAGAGGCGCAAUGUGAAGAAGCAUCAAGCUUAUGAGUUCCAGUUUGGAGCUGCUUACGCCUGGAUGAUGAAUGUCUUUACUGUGGUCAUGACCUACAGCAUCACCUGUCCAAUUAUUGUACCAUUUGGACUGAUGUACAUGCUACUGAAGCACCUGGUGGACAGGUAUAACAUGUAUUAUGCCUACCUGCCCUCCAAACUGGAUAAGAAAAUCCACUCUGGAGCUGUCAACCAGGUGGUGGCAGCACCCAUCCUCUGCCUUUUCUGGCUGCUCUUCUUCUCUACUGUCCGUACAGGUUUUGUUGCUCCAACAUCAAUGUUUACCUUUGUGGUUCUGAUCAUCACCAUCAUCAUUUGCCUCUCCCACGUCGUCUUCGGCCAUUUCAAAUACCUCAGUGCGCACAAUUACAAGAUCGACAUGGACGGUGUGGACAAUGGACGACCACCGGAUUCAUCUCCACCUGUCAAGUCUGUGACGUACGUUGCCCAAGUGCUACAGGACCCAAACACAGACGAGACAGGAAGUGACGAGGGGCAGGGGUCGUCGCAGGAUGAGGAGGUGGUGAACGAGGGUGAUUUCCAAUCAGGAGAGGACAGCCUUAUUGAGAACGAGGUGCACCAGUGACCCAGGCAGGGCCACGCCAGGUGCUGAACUUAGAGAAACUAGCAGGACUUCAACAUGCACUGCACCUCACCACACUUACUGAGCUUGUGAAUCCAUCACAGCUGACAGCUAAAACACUCAUUUAUCAUUGAGGCUUGGAGACAGGAUGGCCAAUUGUCAGGAAUAUGGAGUGGCUUGUGAUUGUACUCCAACUAUUAGAAACUGAGUUUCAUAAUUCUUAUUUACAUUGGUUACCCUGUUCGCACAACGUUUCUUGCCGUUACAAGCGCAUGUCUAGUAAAUAAAAAUUUGAAUUGACCUAUGUUAUGAUGAAGAAAAACCGCUAUAGUGCUAUCUCAGGUGGGCAGGAAAAUUGUAUAUUAGGGUGGAUAUCACAAAGACGCAUAAAGGUCAGAUUUCACCUCCAAAUCUUUUGCAUAAAGAAAAUAUAGAAAGAUUUCUUAGGAAAUGAGUUACAUAGGAUACUGGUCAACUAAACAGUUUGGUGAGAGUUCAAACAAAAAUAGAUAUCUAUGAAUUAACCAAUCAGAAUCAAGUAUUUCAGACAGCCAUGUGAUCAUUUACAAUCUUUUUUUUUUUUUUAGAGCUUUAGCAACACCCCACGUUAACCAUCUGUAGUACACAGAAAUACUAUCACAGAUAGUUUAUCAAAUUUUGUGAGAAAUCAUACAUAUUAGAAAUGCUUGUGGAAUAAACAUCAGUUAUAAUGACAGACAGUUAAUCAGAAUGUUUCUGAAAGUUUUGAGUUUUGGUUUGGAAACAAAAUGUUAUUUUCUUCGUCCCAGCUGAAAUGGCACUAUAGCACAAUACUUUUGGAGAUGAGCAAAUUAAUUCACGCAACUUUUAUUCUUCUUUACCAAAGCGAGUGUACUGUAUUUAACAUAAAGACUAUUACUAGUCCCUCUUGUUGGAAAACACAGGAUCGAAAAACUCACUCCAGCCUGCUAAAUUAACCGAUUGUGAGGAAAACAGCCGCCGAACACUAAUUGUCUAAUCAGAUACUUGAACUGGAAAAGCCACUUUUAGACUGUCUGACAGACUCAAAGCAAAUCCCCAUCCCUGGAACUAUUCUCUUACGUCCACCCUUACAUCUUCUGCACAUCCAGUGUUUAAAUGUAAACCUACGCAUUGCUAAAGCAUACUUGCGCUAUGCGUAGUAUGACGCUACUUUCUGAAUCAGGCAUCAGAUGGACCAAUUUUAAAUUGUGUUGCUCUACUGUGGAAUGUUCUGUCAAUAACUGAUACUGUAGCUAAAAGAAGAGCAAAUUCCCUAUGUGGACUUAAAUGUGGAAUUUGUGAAUGUGAAUAUAUUUUUCUUUUUUGUUAUGCAUGGGUAUGAAAUAAUAGUUUCAUCAGGUUUUGUUGACUUAAUUGUUUUUCUUUUUAUUGCCACUAACAAGUGAUGUACACAAUACCAUUUUUGAUCACUUACUCAUAAACACUGUAAAAAGUGCAUGGGAAACAUCAUCAGAAAUCACUGAACAUCCUAAAAAUUUGGUUUAUGAUGAUAGCCAGAUCUCAUUGGGUCAUAUCAACAUGUGUCCUAAAUAAGACCUUCUUUAUUGCAAUAGUGGUGUGUUCCUUUGUAAUUUUACAAGUGAACUGGAAAUAACAGACUCCGUUCCAUGGUUCUUCUUACCUAGCUUUUCGCUGACACUCUUGCAGUUGUGAGCUUAUUUGACUAGGUUCAUGCAUCAUUUAGUGGUUGAAGUCUGAAAAAAAAAGAACACACAAAAACUAGUACAUUGACCACUAUUUUUUAACAACUACACUCUUUAUAUCUGGUUUGUCACCAUGUUCAGACAUUUUUGCCACUGUGUCCAUUAUAUACAUAUUGCAUUUAUGCUCUCUGUGCAUUGCUGAAAAUGCAAGUCAGAACUGGAAACAAAAUAUUUUUUAGUUUUUCUCUCAAAAUAAGCUGACAAAGGCUGUGCCUGAGUACUUGCUUUUUUUUCUUUGUCCAGCCUCUAAUUGGUUGACCUUUCCUGCUAGUGGACCUAAAUAGUUCUCAUUGUGUCGUUUAUUGUUUACAGAAAUAGCAAUGCAGUGUUUUUAACUGUCAUUUUCUGCAACAAAUGUUAACUUGAAACAGUUGUCGGGUGUAUGUAAACUUGUGAAAUUAGAACAUUAGUGAUAUUUUUAGUUAAUUUAUGUAAAUCACACUAAUCUACCAAUCUAUCACUGAGGAGCUUUGUAACCGUUAAAUGCAAAUAACACUGUAGGCUAUGCACUUCAUGUGGAAUAUGUUAUAUUAUCAUGGUGUAUGUAACAAUAUCAAGCCAUUUUUGUCAGUGAUCUCAUUUGGAUAACAUUGAGUAACUGCAGUGCUUUGUCGGUCUGAUGCUCUUGCUGCUUAGAUACUGUAGGUGAUGACCAUAUGACUGCAUCCUGGAUCUAUUUAAGGAAAAACACUGUCCUCAAGCAUGAUGCGGCAAUAAUUUAUUUAUGCAUCUUUAUAGGCUUUUCUCAUUUGUUACAGAUGCUGUCCACAAUAUUUAUUUCUUUUGUCUAUUACUUUUCCUUGUUUUGAAUUAACCGGCCAUUGGCCUGGAGUGAAGUGGUUAAAUCAGUGUAAUAUUUUUGUAAAUAGAAGCAUUGCACUGCUCUUGGAACACUAAACUAUAUUUACAUUUGUACAGUUUAGCCAGCAAAACCAUGUACAGUCAACCAUGAAUUGUUUGCUUUUGUCCAUUCAGAUUUCCCUUAAGAUCGUACUUUUGCUUGCGAUUGCUGUUUUUAAUAGUUUUGUAUCUCAACCUUCCCUCAAAUGAUCUUUUGUACAGUGUCAUCCUCGAACUCUUCCAUGUCUUUGAACAAUAAAAUAGACUGACA